AUGUCAAAUUCGGUUUCUUUUGACACAUAAAUUUUCAUAUGCAAGUGCAAGUCAUUUACAAAAAACGAAAUUUUUAAAAGUAAACUAAAAUUGAAAGAAUAAAAUUUUUUAAUGGCUAUAACAGAAGUGGAUGUAAUUAUUCCCGAAAAGGAAGAAAUUUUCGAUUUAAAAACGCAGAAAGAUGCUGCUCAUAGUUCGCUCGAAGAUUUAGAUAUUGAAGAUUUGUACGUUCGCUAUAAGAAACUGCAAAAAACAUUAGAAUUUUUAGAGGUGCAAGAAGAAUACAUAAAAGAUGAGCAAAGAAAUCUAAAGAAGGAAUAUUUACACGCCCAGGAAGAAGUAAAGCGUAUUCAAUCUGUUCCAUUAGUAAUAGGACAAUUUCUAGAAGCUGUUGAUCAAAAUACAGGAAUAGUGGGAUCAACUACAGGGUCAAAUUACUAUGUAAGGAUACUUUCAACGAUCGACCGAGAGCUGUUAAAACCUUCGGCGUCAGUAGCACUACAUAAACACAGCAACGCAUUAGUCGACGUUUUACCACCAGAAGCUGAUAGCUCUAUAUCAAUGUUGCAACCUGAUGAAAAACCAGAUGUUGGGUAUGCUGAUAUUGGUGGAAUGGAUAUGCAAAAACAAGAAAUAAGGGAAGCCGUUGAACUUCCCUUAACACACUUUGAACUUUAUAAACAGAUAGGUAUAGAUCCACCACGGGGAGUUUUAAUGUAUGGCCCACCUGGAUGCGGAAAAACUAUGCUUGCAAAAGCAGUUGCGCAUCAUACUACAGCAUCCUUUAUUCGCGUUGUUGGUUCAGAAUUUGUUCAGAAAUAUUUAGGUGAAGGACCCCGUAUGGUACGUGACGUAUUUCGAUUGGCAAAAGAAAACGCUCCAGCGAUCAUAUUCAUUGAUGAAAUUGACGCUAUCGCAACUAAACGGUUUGAUGCUCAAACAGGAGCUGACAGAGAAGUUCAACGUAUUUUAUUAGAGCUUUUGAAUCAAAUGGAUGGAUUCGAUCAAACGACCAAUGUGAAAGUCAUUAUGGCUACAAAUCGUGCAGAUACUUUAGAUCCUGCUUUAUUACGUCCUGGACGUUUGGAUAGAAAAAUUGAAUUCCCCUUACCAGACAGAAGACAAAAACGUUUGAUUUUCUCAACAAUUACAUCAAAAAUGAAUUUAAGUGAAGAUGUAGACUUAGAAGACUUCGUUGCUCGUCCCGAUAAAAUUUCAGGAGCCGAUAUUAAUGCUAUUUGUCAAGAAGCUGGUAUGCAUGCGGUUAGAGAAAACCGGUAUAUUGUUUUAGCUAAAGACUUUGAAAAAGGUUAUAAAAAUAAUAUAAAGAAAGAUGAACAAGAACACGAGUUCUAUAAAUAAAUAUUUAAAUUUCGUAUUAUGAGUUGAUUUUUAUAUCCAUGAGUGUAACAAAUUUUGAAGUUAAAUACAAUAUACUUAAUAUA